CAUUUUUAUUUUGAUAAGUAAUUACGAUAGUUAAUAGCCGAGUAUUGAGUUUUAACAGUUCACUUUUUAUUAUCUGUGAACAUUUAAAGUAGCGUAUUAUUUAAAGAUUCGAAAUGAAUUAGUUUAUUUUGAACACAAAAUAUAACAGAUUUCAAAAGCGUUUCACUUUAUGCUCUAUAAUAGUUUAUUUUUUAAAAAUUUAAGUUUUCUCGAAAAUUUAGUAAGGAUUCAUCUAGAGUACUUUAAUAUUUGAGUUAUUUUAAAUAGUUUACAUUAUUAAUUUAUUUUUGCAUUAUGGCCAAUACAGAAAAUAAUCUUAAUAUUACUGUUGAGUUUACUAGUGGUCUACAAACACUUUUUAAUAAUGUGAAGAAACAUAACGUCAUAUUACCAAUAAAGGAACAUUGGACACUAGGAUCAUUAUUAUUUUGGAUAAAAGACAACUUAUUGGCAGAUAAAGAAAAAUGCAAUUUAUUUAUCAAGGGAAAUACUGUGAGACCAGGCAUAAUUGUAGCAAUAAAUGAUCAAGAUUGGGAACUCUUGGGAAAUUUGGAUUAUCAAAUUAAGACUAAUGAUAAUAUUACAUUUAUUUCUACAUUGCAUGGUGGAUAGAAAAUAAAAUAAAAAUUAUUAUUUAAAAUU